CUCACACAACAAUGGGAUAAAAAGGCGCCCCCAAUCUAACCUCUCCACAAUGUCCUUCAAUAUAUCUAGCGAACAUUUUGCUUAAAGGGACUUGGUUUGAAUAGAACCAGCAAUGUAGCUAACGUUAGAUAACUAGCUAGCUUUUAAGUCGACUGUUCAGCUCUUAUUAAUAUAAGAAAAUGACAGAUUUUAAAAUACGGAAAGCUGAACCCAAAGAUGUACCUGACAUACUGCGACUGAUAAAGGAACUGGCUAAAUAUGAAGAAAUGGAAGGCCAAGUGAAACUGACUGAGGAAAAUCUCCUCGAGGACGGAUUCGGUGACAACCCAUUAUACCACUGCGUCAUGGCAGAAGUCCCCAGUGAGCCGCAGAGCAACAACGCUCCUGUGGUGAUUGGGUUUGCCAUGUACUACUUCACCUAUGACCCCUGGAUCGGCAAGCUGCUUUACUUGGAAGACUUCUUUGUCAUGGAAGAGUACAGGGAGAUCGGCAUCGGCUCAGAGAUCCUCAAGCUCCUCAGUGACAUGGCAUUCGAGACUCGCUGCAACAGCAUGCACUUCGUCGUCGCCAAGGACAACCAGGAGUCAAUAGAGUUCUACAAGCGUCGUGGGGCGGCCGACAUCACUCUAGAUGAGGGAUGGAGACUCUUCAAGAUCAACAAGAGCUCCCUCUUCAAGAUGUCCUCCGGCUCCAAAGAGUGAGCUGGCCUCAAGACACAUAGAAAGAUGGACAAGAGUGACAGACUUGGUCAAUUUACAUUACUUAAUUAUUUGCCUGUCUUUCACUUCAGCGGUGGGGGGUGUGACUUCUGACAGUAGAUUAUUAUUAUUAUUAUUAUUAUUAUUAUUAUUAUUAUUAUUAUUAUUAUUAUUAUUAAUUAUUAUUAUUAAAAGGGGCAUUAAACGUGUGUGUGCACCAACCCUCUCAAUCUAGUCACUCAUUUAGGUCACGUAUUUUAUCUGAAGCGUCGUUUUAGUAGUUGUAGUUUAUAAUCAACACACCUUAAGAUUCCUAGUGUUCUCUCAGUUCUGCUAAUCAACACACCUUAGGAUUCCUAGUGUUCUCUCAGUUCUGCUAAUCAACACACCUUAGGAUUCCUAGCGUUCUCUCAGUUCUGCUAAUCAACACACCUUAGGAUUCCUAGCGUUCUCUCAGUUCUGCUAAUCAACACACCUUAGGAUUCCUAGCGUUCUCUCAGUUCUGCUAAUCAACACACCUUAGGAUUCCUAGCGUUCUCUCAGUUCUGCUAAUCAACACCUUAGGAUUCCUAGUGUUCUCUCAGUUCUGCUAAUCAACACACCUUAGGAUUCCUAGCGUUCUCUGUUUCAUUUAUUGACCAAUAUAUUUUACUAUUCUAUAAUAGUGAUUUUUAAAAUUA